AUGCUGAUAGAUGUUGAAGGAAAUGAACUGAAAGUAACAACACAGUCUGUUCAUGACAUGUUGGGCAUUCCAAAAGGUGGAACCAUACUUACACAACUGGAUCAAUGGCCUAAAGAUGAUACUAGUUAUGAUGAAUGGAAGCAACAAUUUCAAGAAGGAUCAAUCAUCCGAUUGAAUGCGAUCAAAAAAGUUAUUUUGUUCUAUGCUGAUAACAUCCACUCAGAAGCUUUAACGGUAACAUGUAAAUGUCUAACAAUUUGUUAUUGGAGUUCAGAGAAGAUUAGAUAUCGAGAGACAUUUGAACAAGAAGAAUGUAGAUUUGGACUUGGAGAAUUAAAUGAAGAAUUUGUUAAUGAACAAGAUGAAGGAGAUACAGAUCUCGAAGACAGUGAUUCUGAUAAAGAUGAAGAGCAAUUUGUUGAGGCAUAUGAAUCAAAAAUAUCUAAAAUGCUUAAUAGUUUUGAGAGGAUGAAGGAAAAGCUGAAUUCAAAACUCAAUGAUGCGAUAACAAAGUUCCCUGAAAAGGAAAGUCAAAAAACAAAUGAUCAAAAAGAAAAUGAAGAUAAAGAGGGAAAUGGUGAAGAACACAAUGAUAAUGAUGAAAGUCAACCGGAAGUAGAUUAUUUGUUUGAUUCAAAUGAAGCAGUGAAUGAAGGAAUAAAGAAUGAUGGAGAUAAGAAUAAAAAAGAAGGUUAA